AGUUCCCAUUCGAAUUUUGGAGCUUUGGCAUCGUAGGCAGUGUAGGUACCGCGAAAACCUACAUAGAUCAUGUGCUUCCUUUCGGUCGUGCUGGUGGUCUGUCUGUCCAUCCUUAUGGACUUUCGACACUGCUCUCUGGCGGGCAUAAUGCCGCCGCCAUCGUCGCCAGCGCAGUUGCCCACGCCCCACACAUUCCGGUUCCAGAAACCGCUGCAGUGCCUCAAGAACGAGUUCUACAACCUCAACCUCUUUGACUGUGUGCCGUGCAACGAGGCGGGGGAGCCAGGAAAACUGCAGCCCGACAAGUUCGCCUGCAAGUGCCCUGCAGGACAUAUAGCCAUCUAUGAGCGCGGCAAGACCUGGCCCAUCUGCGACGAGAUAUGCUCCACAUCGCCGGAUCGCACCGAGAACUGCACAUCGGUGUGGCUGCCCCAGCCUAAGCCUGGCUCGCACUGCAGCAUGCAGUACCUCAAUUCGACGUCGGUCUUUGCCAGCCAACUGCCAGUUCAUCCGCUGAUCUCUGGCAUCAUUUUGACCAAAACGAAUCCGGCUAGCAACAGCAGCGACUGCCAGAGCUGCGAUCAGACAUACAAUUUCCGAUAUCAGGACUACUGUCUGGCCGAUGGCCUGCUGCGCCCCUACCUCCACUACAAUGCCUUCUGGCAGGCCACAACCAGCCCGAGGCAGAGUUCGAGUGGAGCCACCGCCACCCACUUCGGAGAGCUGAAGUUCGUGGCCUUCUUCUGCCUGACCCUGAGGAACGACACUGCCUGCCAGCAGUUGGCCAAUCUGUGCGUGCUCUCGCACUACUCCCUCGAAAAACACUCGCCGUGCAGCGCCUUUCUGCUCACGCAGGUGUCGGAUGUCGUGAUGAAGUAUGCCCAUUCCGGGGAGCAGGUUCGCUCGCUUCAGCCGUUUCUCUUCUACAAAAAGGGCAAGACCACCAAGGACCUGCUCUCGAAGACACUCCAGCUGGCGGACCGCAAGCAGCUGCAGCUUUUCAGCACCAGCUUUGGCCUGGAGGGCAGCCUGAAACGCUGGGGACCAUUCACACUGGACAUGGCUAAUCUUUGCCAGCAGCCGGCUCCGUCUCUGCGACUUGGCCUUCCCCCAGACGAAGCGGAGGUGUCUUGUCAACUCUCUCUGGAGCGGAUCAUAGAUUUGGCCAGCCAGCAGGCCAACGAUAAUUACCUCACGCUCUUCCUCAACUUCAGCAGCAACUGGCAGUUCCUGCUGCACCAGCUGCCCGUGCUCAUCGAGACCCUGACGCCAGAGAACCAGCGGCCGCAGCAGGAGGAGUGGCAGCUGGUGAAACGAUUCCAACUUAUUGCCGCCUUGCCCAGGGACAGCCGCCAUCAUCAAACAGUGCCGCACUACGAGGAUGGCCACAAGCUGCAGAUGUAUCGCUCGCUGCGCUACAUCGAGGAUCUGGAACUGCACUACACGCUGGACGAGAGCCACAGGGAUCGUGUGGGACUGCCUCUGAUCCGUCUCCGCUAUCGCCACAUUGAGUUGACGGGAAAUGCCUCGCUCGCCCAGCCCUAUCCAUUCCGGCUGCGUGUUACCUACCAGAAAAUGUCGCGAGGAUGGGACUGGCUCAUCCUGAAAGUGGCUCUGCCACUGCUUCUUCUCGUGGCCUUCUCGGCGGCGGCCUUCCGCUUGCAGAACCUGCGACGCAGACGACACGCGGAGCUCUGUCAGACCAGCAGCCUGUUGGAAUUUCUGCUCCAACUGGCGAGCAAUGUGGCAUACGCCCUUUUGGCCACAGCUCUGCUGCUCCUGGCCCUACACGCCUCCAGCCCCCACGUGCUCAGGCCUCUGAUCUAUUCCGCCUGUCUGCUGCAGCUGAUUUUCCUGGGUGUGCACCUGUGGCGAUCCAGCCAGCUGGAGCUCUUCCUCAUCGACUGGGAGCGGCCGCGUAGCAGCUGCGAGGGCCAGCGUCUGAACCUGGACAGCUCCUCGCUCUGCUCCAGCGUGCGCACAUACGUGGCCGAGAGCAGUGUGUCCGCCUGGCGCAUUCUGUUUACGGCCAAUGCUUGGAUACGCCUCAGUGUGGCCCAGAAAUACUCCACCCUGGGACAGGUUUUCAUACUGGUGGCUGUGUACCAGCUCCUGGAGCGGUACACACAUGGCGAUGUGGGUCUGCGCUGCUGCCUAAUCUCGGCCAGCUACAUAGUCACCUAUCUGCUACAAAUAAUGGGCCAUCGUCUGCUUACCGCCAAUCCCCUGCAGAAGUUUAUUGAUCUGUGCAGCUUGGCCAACAUUUCGUUGUUCUCGCUGCUGGAGCCUGGCUUUGGUUACUACAUCCAUGGCAGAUCGCCGCAUGGCUUUGCGGACACGGACAUGUCUUCCAUGAUACUGCAGCUGCAGAAGACACAGAACAUGUCUGGGCGUCGUGGCCUGCUCAUGGACUCGGACAAGCAGGCCUACAUCAUUCUGCCGCCAAGAAAUUUGCACAUCUACCUGGAGCGCCUGCUGCUGCCCUUUCAGCGGAGUGUCACUGGCAGCCUGUCACAGACGCUGCUCUACCAGAAGGACAUAAUUCCCAGCAUCGAUGGCCAGAUAGAGCGCACAUCCAUAGCCUAUGCGAGCGUGAAUCGUUUCUUCUGCGCCUUCAUUGAUCAUGCCAUCAAGGACAUGGACUACAUUAUCAAGGAGAAGUCGCUGGUGGAAAAGUUGUUCAACUGCGAAAUCGACAACUACAUUACGGAGAACAAGGGAACCUUCUACAUUGACGACUCGCAGAGCUUCGCUCGUGUCCUGCUGCUGGGCAACCAUGUGAAUAUCUUUGUGCUAGAGAUCCUGCUGCUGCUAUCCAUCUUCCUGCUGAUUUCCAAUCUGCUGAUUGCCGGCGCUCUGGCUUGUGUCUUCAAUAUGCUGCUGCGACACAUCUUUCGCGUUUGGGUGCGUCGCAAUGUCUCACGCAAGACACUCAUCGAUGAGCGGUUCCUGUUGUAGCGCCAGUCGGAGGAGCAGCAACUGCAUGAGGAUGGAUUCUUUGCCAUUUAGAAACACCAGCCACAUACAUGUGUAUGUUUUUUUUUCCAUUUGUUUUUUUUUAUUUUAUAAUCCACUCGAUAGUAAGUAGUAGUACACAUCCAUAUACAGUGAUUAAACGUUAGUUAUCGUUACCAUAAAACUUAUGUAUCUAAAACAAAUAAAAUAAUUUCCAUAGUUUCUUUCACAAUCAACAUACAAACACAUACAUACGCCUAUGCUACGCACAAUCUCUACAUAUGUAGUAUAUACCUAUCUUUUUGCUCGCUUUACAUACUCGUAAGUAUCAUUAUUAGUUGAUUCAUUUUUUUGUAUGGAUCUUUGUUAUAGGAUUUAUAAUUUCAUUUCAUUUCAUUUAUAACUGAAGGGUUUUGCCCACAUGCUUAUUUCAUCUAUGUGGCAUCGAUAGGAGUAGCAGCCACAUCAUCAUACAUAUUUAUCAUUUAGUUUAAGUGUAUGUAUAUCUUUCUGUUUUGUGUGUGUGUUUGUUUAAGAAAAUAUUGACCAUAGGGUAUUUUGAGGUGUCUGUUUUUAGUUUUAGUUUGAGUUUUCUUUCGAUCCGCUUAUAUGUAUGAAUAUAUGAAAACUUGUCUCUGUUUUGGAUCUGUUUUGUGAUCAAAGGUUAUAUGUACAUCACUGUCGAGAGGUAUCAUUUUGUGUAUGCAGUGCAUUGCGUAGUUGUGUCUCCGUCUAUGAUUGGCGGCCAGAUCGAUAGUUAAGAAUUACUUUAAUCAUUUAAUCGUACUUGCUAAAAACGUCAAACGUACAACAUUCAAACAUCUAUGUAUUUACUGUUGCUUAUUCGGUAGUUAAGGGGUUUGAUUUAUUUGCAAAACUUGGCCAGAAUGCAGCCAAACUUAAUUACGAGUGUCUUCUUAUACGGUAUACAGAAUGUAUGAUGUUCUUAGGGCUUGGGACAUUAGAUCCUACUGAUGUAUGUGGGGUUGUGUUAUCGCGGUGUCAAUGGUUAUCAUACACAUAUGUAUAUGUAGUAUCAAAUUCGAAAUGAUUUAGAUGUGCUUUUUGUGAGGUUCUAACAUAAUUAUAAUGAUGAUAAUAAUUAUAGUAAAUAGUAAUUUAAUUGAUUUUAGUAAAUAAUUUGUUAAUUUGUUCAUCUUAUUGUUUUUUCGCUAUCACAAAAGUAAAUACAACUCCAACAGAGAUAAUAAUGCAAAACGGGGUAUUCGGGUCGUCUAUCAAAUCUAUCAAAUAAAGAUGAAAGAUGAUGAUUUCACUCUUACUUGGAAUUCACUUAAACAUUAUAUCUAGUUUUAAUCUCUUACACAUACAUGGGUAUACAUAUUUCAAUCAUCAUUUCGUCUUUAAAUUAAAGUUUUAUGUAUAAUCAACACUUAGAUUAUAAUUAUUUAUUUAUUUAUUUAUGUA